AUACCAGUUUGCCAAGGACCCAUGGAAGCAGCAAGCAGAUGCCACUAACAAGCAUAGUAAAAAGCGCUUGCCAUAGGCAGCGUGUUAAUUCUGACCCUGCAGCAAGAGUGGAGUACCUUGCUAGGAGAAGAGAAAGCUACCAGAGAAGAAAAUGUCAGGAAUCACAGAUUCCAUAUGUGAAGUCAAGUGAGCUGCCAGAGAGAGAGAGAAAAAGAAACAGAAAAAUGGAGGGCUGCAUCCAGUGCUUACAGGGAAAGGAACAAGAUGGCAAAUGCUGUGUUUGACCUUACACCGCCAUCUAUGGAGAUAGUUCUGGUUGAUGUAGAUGUAGCACAAGAGCAGCCAGAAAAUGCAGAUCAAGCUGUGGUAGACCCCAUACCUCUGAAUAAGGAUUUUAAUCCACUAGUGUCCUCCACACCAGAGAGAGAUCAGAGAAGGAAUACAUCUUCAGCAGAGAAACGUAUCAAAGGUCUGCAGAAAGAGAAGUGUAAACUGAACAAGCAGGUCUUAACAUCUGAGGAAACAGCUAGCAGAGAUGAGAAAACUAAAUUAUAAAUCCAGAAAGAGUGAGAAAAGGUUAAUGGCAAGACAAAGAGUAUGUCUAAGUGAAAAAUUCAAGCAAAGGGGGUGCAAGAAACUGUCAGCAGAGAGAAAGCAAGCUGUUAUUGAUUUUCUGUCCAGAGAUGAAAACAGUCAUCUUUUGGCUGGGAAAAAAAACACCAUCACCAAAAAUAAACAGAAAAUGCAAAGAAGAGUUCUAACAAAGCCCCUCACUGAGCUCCAUGCACAGUAUCAAACAGAGAUGGAACAGCAUCUCUCCAUGUCUUACAGACAGUUUGCCAGAAGACGGACUUUUUAUAUCACAGAGCCGAAGACCAGGGAUAGAGAUACAUGUGCAUGUGUGGUACAUGAGAAUGUCCAGCUAUUGGUUAAUAAACUCACCAAGAGAGGGCUGUUGAAGACAACCAGCAUCUCAGAGUUAGUGAGUAUGAUUGUGUGUGACCCUAAAAACAAAGCAUGCAUGGAUCGUGCAUGUCCGAAAUGCUACUUUGAUGAAGUUGAAUUUCCUGAGACAGACCAUACUGAGGUUUCUUGGGAACAAUGGGAGCGGGUAACUUCAACCAACGGAGAGAAAACCUUUGCAAAUGUUUUAAAACAAACAUACAAAGGGACAAUCCAAGACUUAAAAGAGCUGUUCAACAAAAAGCUAGAAGCUUUAGCCAUACAUCCAUUCAACUGGAUCCACCAAACAGAACAGUUUCGUGACCUAAAACAAAAUCUAACUGAAUCUGAAGCUGUUCUUCACAUUGAUUUUUUGGAAAACUAUGCCUGCAAGAUGAGUACAGAAAUACAAGCUUAUCAUUUUGGAGGCAGCCGAAAGCAGGCCACAAUACACACUUCUGUCCUCUACACAGUCCAUGGCACCAAAUCGUAUGCAACACUGUCAGACAGCCUCCGCCAUGAUGAGCGGGCAGUGUGGGCACACCUGGAGCCCAUACUGAAAGAGCUUCGGGCAACCUGCCCACAGAUUACAGUUCUACAUAUAAUCAGUGAUGGACCCAUUACACAGUACAGGAACAAAGCAAACUUUUAACUUCUUAGUACUGUGCCUUUCCUUUCUGGGUUCAAGCAUGUAAUGGAACUAUUCAGAAAAGUCCCAUGGAAAGGGUGCCCCGGAUGGCAUUGGUGGUGCCUUAAAGAGGGAUGCAGAUGUCUACGUUCAAUGAGGAGGCGAGCUGCAGACUCCGCUGGACUUGUACGAGAUGCUGGCCAAAACAUCAGGGUCAACUAUUACUCACCAUUGGGUAAGCGAAGAGAGCAUUCAGAAGUAUGAUGAGCUGAUUCCAGGCAAAUUGAUGGCUGUGAGGGGCACCUUAAAGAUACACCAGGCUUUUGUCUUCACAAGCUGCACAAAUUAGUCAUAGGGAGGUGUCAUGCUUCUGCAAGCAUGCAGAAAUGAAAACAUGCCUAUGUUACCAGCCAGUGAAAGUAGACCUGAGGGACACCAUGUGCCACACUGAGGAUCCCUCAAGCACUCCUGAGCCACCAAAGGAACAAGCUAGUCUUUGAGACUUGAGUGGCAAGUUUGUGAUUGUAACCUAUGAUGAACUUCCAUAUGU